AUGUUCCAGAUGUUUCUGUUCCUGCUGCUGCUGUGGUUUCUGCCCCUGACUGAGGGGUCCCUGCGGGCUGAACCCAUGUUCACGGCAGUGACCAACUCAGUCCUGCCCCCUGACUAUGACAGCAACCCCACCCAGCUCAACUAUGGAGUGGCAGUGACUGAUGUGGACCACGACGGGGACUUUGAGAUCGUCGUGGCAGGGUACAAUGGCCCCAACCUGGUUCUGAAGUACGACCGGGCCCAGAAGCGGCUGGUGAACAUCGCAGUGGACGAGCGCAGCUCCCCCUACUACGCACUGCGGGACCGGCAGGGCAACGCCAUCGGGGUCACAGCCUGCGACAUCGACGGGGAUGGCCGUGAGGAGAUCUACUUCCUCAACACCAAUAAUGCCUUCUCCGGGGUGGCCACGUACACGGACAAGUUGUUCAAGUUCCGCAAUAACCGCUGGGAAGACAUCCUGAGUGACGAGGUCAACGUGGCCCGCGGUGUGGCCAGCCUCUUUGCCGGGCGCUCUGUGGCCUGCGUGGACAGGAGGGGCUCCGGACGCUACUCCAUCUACAUCGCCAAUUACGCCUAUGGUAAUGUGGGCCCUGACGCCCUCAUUGAAAUGGAUCCGGAGGCCAGUGACCUCUCCCGAGGCAUUCUGGCGCUCAGAGACGUCGCUGCUGAGGCUGGGGUCAGCAAAUACACAGGUGGCCGGGGCGUAAGCGUGGGCCCCAUCCUCAGCAGCAGUGCCUCAGACAUCUUCUGCGACAACGAGAACGGGCCCAACUUCCUCUUCCACAACCGGGGGGACGGCACUUUCGUGGAUGCUGCGGCCAGUGCUGGUGUGGAUGACCCCCACCAGCACGGGCGAGGUGUCGCCCUGGCCGACUUCAACCGUGAUGGCAAAGUGGACAUCGUCUAUGGCAACUGGAACGGCCCCCACCGCCUGUAUCUGCAGAUGAGCGCCCAUGGGAAGGUGCACUUUCGGGACAUCGCCUCACCCAAGUUCUCCAUGCCCUCGCCUGUCCGCACAGUCAUCGCUGCUGACUUUGACAAUGACCAGGAGCUGGAGAUCUUCUUCAACAACUUCGCCCACCGCAGCUCCUCAGCCAACCGUCUCUUCCGCAUCAUCCGCAGGGAACACGGCGACCCCCUCAUCGAGGAGCUCAAUCCUGGCGAUGCCUUGGAGCCUGAGGGCCGGGGCACAGGCGGUGUAGUGACAGACUUCGAUGGAGACGGGAUGCUGGACCUCAUCUUGUCCCACGGAGAGUCCAUGGCUCAGCCGCUGUCCGUCUUCCGGGGGAAUCAGGGCUUCAGCAACAACUGGCUGCGGGUGGUGCCGCGAACCCGGUUUGGGGCCUUCGCCAGGGGCGCUAAGGUUGUGCUCUACACCAAGAAGAGUGGGGCCCACCUGAGGAUCAUCGACGGGGGCUCAGGCUACCUGUGCGAGAUGGAGCCCGUGGCACACUUUGGCUUGGGGAAGGAUGAGGCCAGCAGCGUGGAGGUGACAUGGCCCGAUGGCAAGAUGGCCAGCCGGAACGUGGCCAGCACGGAGUUGAACUCGGUGCUGGAGAUUCCCUACCCGCGGGAUGAGGACAGACUUCGGGACGCGGCCCCCCUGGAGUGCGGCCAAGGAUUCUCCCAGCAGGAAAAUGGCCAUUGCGUGGACACCAACGAAUGCAUCCAGUUCCCAUUCGUGUGCCCUCGAGACAAGCCCGUGUGUGUUAACACGUAUGGAAGCUACAGGUGCCGGACCAACAAGAGAUGCAGUCGGGGCUACGAGCCCAACGAGGACGGCACAGCCUGUGUGGCUCAAGUGGCCUUUUUAGGUGGGUAUCCUUCUGCCGCCUUUAGAAUCUCUGAGCCUCUCUCUCGGGCCUCAUCUCUUUCUCUAGGCCUUGGACUUUGCCUUCAGUUAUAUGCACUUUAA